UUCCAAGCUUUACUUAGCAUUGUGCCUAUUGGCAAAGUUGUCAGUGGACCUCUGACUAAGCUUGGGAUUUUGAAAAUGCGGUGUAAUGGAAUUUUUGCAGCCCUGUUUGCACUGGUUCUAAUUUCAUCAGUGUGCUACUUCAAAAGGGAAGUUGCUGACAUUGUAGUCAGUGUGUAUAGUGAGGCUGCAGUUUCAGCAAUGCUUGUGGGAAUUGUAUUUUCUCUAAUUCUGUACAGAAGAGGUGGUAAAUUGCCUAUCUCCUAUCUUAAUCCAUAUGGAUCAAAAGGCUUUAUGUGGUAUGACUUCUGGAUGGGACGAGAAGUUACUCCUCGUAUUGGAAAAUUCAAUGUAAAGCUCAUCCUUCAUCGAUUUUCCAUAAUUAUUGUGAUUGCACUGAACAUGUUGAUUGCCAUAAAAGCAUAUUUGCAGGGAGUGGAAGAAGAAAUAUUAAGAUCUGUUAUAAUAUCUACAAUAUUGCAGUCGUUAUAUUCUUUACACUUUAUUUUUCAUGAAGACCUGUAUCUGUAUUCCUUCCUAGCUAUCUCAGAAGGUGUUGGAUACAUGAUAGCAGUGGGACUUAUGACAUUUCCAUUCAUAUUGACAUUCACUACAAAAGCUAUCUUGGACUAUAGAUUAAAGGCAUCACUGACAGAAAUGUAUAUUGUACUGUGUUCCUAUACAAUUGGACAAAUAUUAUUACAGUCGAGCAGCCACAGGAAAAUGCUCUCUCUAAAAAAUCCAGUCACCUCAGUUUGGAGGGUGAAUGUGCUGCCUAAAUGGAGUGCUGCUGUUCAGAUCAGAGCAUAUAUGGGAGAGAUCAUUAUAUACUGGGCUUUGGCUUUAGUUGCUGGUACCACUUACCUUGGUAUUUUCAUAAUACCGUCAGCAUUUACAGUUACUGUGCUUUCAAGAGCCUUCAGGGAAUAUAAACGUUCAGCAGCCUAUCAAGCAGGUGAAGUUAACACCAAACAAUAAUAAGCUGUAAUUCUCAGUAACUGUUGUGAAACAAGAUCAUGCUAAAUGAUUGUGAAUAUGGGGCUAACUGCCAUGUUCAAAUAUGGAAUCAUUUAUAAAAUGUUUUUUUGUGAUAACUACUGUGCACUAAUUGAACUGUCUUUGUUUAGCAAUUGAGCACAUACAUUUUCUUAAAAAAGAGUUUUCAAAGAUUUUAAGAUGGUCUAAAAUUACAAAUGAUCUUUAUGUAGCACUUUUUAUGUUCUUGUAAGUAAUCUGAAAGAUUAUAGGAGCAUCAACAUUUAUUGUGGCAAGUUUAGUUUUUAUUGAUCUAAGAAGACUGUUAAAACAGUAUUUUUUUAAAAAAUAUGUCUUUGGCUAGUACUUAUAGUUAAUUACUUAUUAUUAUUAUUAUUAUUAUUAUUAUUAUACGUAUCACUCUACAAUGUUAUUAUUAGUAUUAUUAUACGU